UACAACACCAUUUGAAUGUCACUAGUUCAAAUGUGAAAGUUAGAAUUUUUCCCCUUCCGGAUAUCCAGAAAAAUGGAUAGAAAACAGGAACUUCUUUAAAAUUUCGAUACCGUUUGGCCACCUGAAUAGUUUCUGGUUGUAGACUAGACAUCUUAUGGCAACAAUGGACAUUAGGCCGGGCCGCAACACCAACGUUAGGGUGAACAUGAUGGAAGGAGUCGGAGCGAGAGUCGUCCGUGGGCCCGACUGGAAAUGGGGCAAACAAGACGGGGGCGAAGGGCACGUAGGCACGGUCAGGAGCUUCGAAUCCCCGGAGGAGGUCGUGGUUGUAUGGGACAACGGGACGGCGGCCAACUACCGCUGUGCUGGGGCCUAUGAUCUCCGGAUUAUCGACAGUGCCCCGACAGGAGUCAAGCACGAUGGUACCAUGUGUGAUACCUGCCGCAUGCAGCCGAUCUAUGGCAUCCGCUGGAAGUGUGCUGAGUGCCCCAACUAUGAUCUCUGCACUGCCUGUUACCAUGGCGACAAGCAUCACCUCAGACACCGUUUCUACCGCAUCAAUGUGUCAUCCAGCGAGAGAAUUGGGCUGGAGCCGCGCCGAAAGAGCAAGAAGAUCAUGGCCCGGGGGAUCUUUCCUGGGGCACGGGUGGUUCGAGGUGUGGACUGGGAGUGGGAAGAUCAGGAUGGGGGCAGCAGCCGGAGGGGAAAGGUGACUGAGAUCCAGGACUGGAGCUCCACCAGCCCCCGCAGCGCCGCUUAUGUCCUGUGGGACAACGGGGCUAAGAACCUGUACCGCGUUGGCUACGAAGGAAUGUCUGAUCUGAAGGUGGUUAGUGACGCAAAGGGAGGGACUUUCUACCGUGAUCAUCUGCCUUGCUUAGGUGAGCAGGGACCAGGUAGCCGAGGGGUCCAUGGAUUGUAUGCACUAGGCGAUCAAGUCAAUGUGGACCUAGACCUGGAGAUAGUACAGAGCCUUCAACAUGGACACGGUGGUUGGACAGAUGGAAUGUUUGAGACUCUUGGUGCUACCGGCACUGUGGUGGGCAUUGAUGAAGACCAUGAUGUUGUUGUUUCUUACCCAAGCGGCAACAGGUGGACCUUCAAUCCGGCUGUCCUGACCAAGGUCAACGCCGUGACCUCCUCAAGCGGGUCGGCCAGCGGGGACACGCCCACUGCCUCUCAGUUCCAAGUGGGUGACCUGGUACAGAUUUGCAGUGACCUGGAGCGUAUCAAAGCUUUGCAGAGGGGCCAUGGAGAGUGGGCCGAAGCUAUGCUGCCGACAUUGGGAAAGAUUGGCCGUGUGCAGCAAAUCUAUCAUGACAAUGAUCUGAAAGUGGAGGUGUGUGGCACAUCAUGGACCUAUAAUCCUGUGGCUGUCACUAAAGUGGCGUCAGAUAGCGGGGGAUUAAGCAACUCAUCAGAGAGAUUGUCAGCACUUCUCAAGAAGCUGUUUGAGACCCACAUUACUGGAGACAUCAACGAGGAGCUCGUGAAAGCAGCAGCCAACGGGGAUGCUAUCAAGACGGAAGAGAUUCUGGCUAGGCCAGAUGCUAACGUCAACGUACAGUUUGCUGGCCACACUGCAUUGCAAGCAGCCAGCCAAAAUGGCCACGUGGACGUCAUCAAAGUGCUCAUCAGACACAACGUUGACGUGGAGAUGGAGGACAAAGACGGAGACCGUGCAAUCCACCAUGCUGCCUUUGGCGACGAACCCUCAGUCAUUGAGUUGCUGCACCGUGCCAAUGCCGACCUGAACGCUCGCAACAAACGGCGGCAGACGGCCAUACACAUUGGGGUCAACAAAGGUCACUACGGCGUGGUGAAGACACUGCUGGAACUUGGCUGCCACCCAAGUCUGCAGGAUUCAGAAGGAGACACAGCUUUGCACGAUGCUAUCAGCAAGAAGCGGGAUGACAUCUUGUCGCUGCUGCUGGAGAACAACGCCGACAUCUGCGUGACCAACAACAACGGCUUCAACGCCCUGCAUCACGCGGCACUCCGUGGGAACCCCAGCGCCAUGAAGGUUUUGUUGAGCUGUCUUCCCCGACCUUGGAUUGUUGAUGAGAAGAAGGACGAUGGCUACACAGCCUUGCACCUGGCUGCUCUGAACAACCAUGUAGAGGUAGCUGAGCUGCUUGUCAACCAGGGUCAUGCCAACUUGGACAUCCAGAACGUCAAUCAGCAGACGGCUCUACACCUCGCCGUUGAGAGACAGCACACUCAGAUUGUUAGGUUGAUGGUGAGGGCUGGUGCCAAGUUGGACAUCCCGGACAAGGAUGGCGAUACACCACUACAUGAAGCGCUGCGCCACCACACACUGUCACAACUACGCCAGCUGCAGGACAUGCAAGAUGUUGGCAAGCUAUUGAUGGGCCUCGGCAACCAAUCAGGAGACAAGAAAAGUAGCGCCUCCAUCGCCUGCUUCCUGGCAGCCAAUGGCGCUGAUCUCAACGCCAAGAACAAGAAAGGUCAAUCGCCCAUGGACCUAUGCCCUGAUCCCAACUUGUGCAGGGUCCUGGCCAAGUGUCACUCAGACAGCAACUGUCAAGUCAACUCCAACCUGCGCAUGAUCUCCUGCAUGGAGCAGGAAUCUCUCGAGGAGUGUAUGGUGUGCUCAGACAUGAAGAGGGACACGCUGUUUGGUCCCUGCGGCCACAUUGCCACCUGCUCCCUCUGCUCUCCUAGGGUCAAGAAAUGCCUGAUAUGCAAGGAGCAGGUCCAGUCUAGGACAAAGAUUGAGGAGUGUGUUGUCUGUUCAGACAAGAAGGCUUCCGUGCUGUUCCAACCCUGCAGUCAUAUGUGUGCCUGCGAUGGUUGUGCCAGUUUGAUGAAGAAGUGCGUACAGUGCCGAUGUCAGAUUGACAAGAUGAUUCCGUUCAUUGUAUGCUGUGGUGGCAAAGCUCCACCUGUGGCAUCCAACAACGCCACCCAGGCCAAGCCCCAGAAGAUGAACAACGCCAACAGCGAGUUGCACAAGUUACAACAGCAGCUGCAAGACAUCAAAGAGCAGACUGUCUGUCCCGUUUGCUUGGAUCGGAUCAAGAACAUGAUCUUCUUGUGCGGCCACGGCACCUGCCAACUGUGUGGAGAUCGCAUGUCGGAGUGCCCCAUCUGUCGCAAGUCCGUGGAGAAACGUAUUCUUCUGUACUAAAGAAGUUCAGAAAAUGCACUGUUAACGGAGUGUUUUUAGGCGCUUGCAUUGUAAUGAGACAUUUUAUGGAUAGCUUUACUCUCCCCAUUCCUUGUAGUUGAAGUUUAAUGCAUUGGUGUUUUAAUCACUGCUUGAUGCCAAACAUUGUGUUUUGCCACACCCAACUUAAGCACUUGAGAACAUUAUGUUGGAGAGUUUUGACUCAGAUGCAAGAAUACCCAGUUAUUCCACAAAAAUGGGAUAUGUUGAUAUGGAUGUCUGACAUGAACUGAAACAAAAUGUAGGAUUUCAUAAAUGCAUGUUCUUAGGGCUCUGUCAUAUGCACAUGAGAAAUAAUUAACUGGUAUUACAAUUGUGGGUCGAUAUAAAGUUUGAAAAAGGUUUCUUAAAAACACAAUAUCUUCCCAGCUUUAAUUUAUGUAGCAUUUGCAUGAAGGUUCUGUUGCCCUAUUUAAACAUGAAAUUUAAAAAAAGAGAGAAAAACAUAUUUUUCCCUCCCAAGUGCCUAGUCUGUAUGAGUACAUGACAGUGUGCAUCAUCAUUACAAAUUCCCUGUCCUGAAUAUACAUGUACGUCAAAUUCUUUUUGUAAAGUACAAAGAAUCUGGAUGAUAAAUGUUGAUUUCCACUGUGUCUCUGUUUACUCGUCUACAUGGAUUUGUAUUCAACCCAUUUUGUAUUUAGCUGAGUAAAUCUGAAUUUGUACAUGUGUAGUUGAGAGUAAUGUUUCAAUUGUAUUCGUGCAGCUCGUUGUCAGUGAACUGAUGACAAGCAACCAGUCAAAUUUCUACCUUACAUUCAUUUAUAGUUCUUGUCUGAACUGAACUGAGUGUGUUGCCAUGGUGAUGCAUUUAAACAGAGCUGUGACAUAGGGUGGGGAAAUUGAUACCCAAACUUUUUAUUGAAAAAGCAUUUGAGUUGUCAGUUCCUAUGUCAAUAGCAUUGUGUGUAACUUGUCUCUUGCUCAAGUCACAAACUUUGCUCUACUUUUGACAAGGAUUACAAUUGGUAAAAGUCGGUUUCUUGUAUAAACAAAUUUCAUUGUCCUGUGUCAGGCUUCACUGCUGGGAAUGUGUGCACGUCACAAGAUGUGAUAUUCCCCGUUCAUAUUGGUUCAAUGACUCCUAGGCUUUUUUUCCAAGGGGCUCCCACGGCCAGUGUGGUCACUAAUGACCAUUAAUAAAACAAGUCUUGCCAGAGCAGUCAGGCUCAUCAGGCUAGUGGUUUAUCUCCAGUUUCCUUGGCAUGAAACAACUGAGAAUCUUUCUGUUUCUGUGAAUGGGUGCUAGUCCAUCACAUGUUAUUUUUCUGCUAAAGCUGCCUUCUAUUUUAUACUCCUGGUUGGAGAGAGGCAAGUUGGGGGCAAAGUGAAUUGUGUGAGGCUGCAAUCUGUGGCCAGUCGCGGGAUUCAAACCCUGGACCCUCUGGUUAGGAGUCAAAAACUUAAUCACCACUAGGCCACAUGGCAUCUCUUAACCAAUGAGCAGACACUGAGUAUAAACCAACAGUUUGUUGAUCUCUUUUCGUGGUUACAUUAUUUUAUAGGCAUUGGGCUUUUUCAUGCAAAACUGCCUUGAAAGGACUUGAACAAACUCACUCAAUUUGUGGCCUGGCUUGAUUAGUCGUUCAUGUGGCACUUUUUAAGUAGUUUUUUACAUUUGUGUUCAAUGAUGUAGGCAUAAGCCAUGGACAGACAUCUAGAGGCUUGAUAAUACAUUUCGGUCUUGGUCCAAGUUCUAUUUUCUCGGAACUGAUUGGUUCCCCGAGUCCUGGAUGGCAUCACACUGACAACUGGUGGACAUUUUUUGGCAUGAAUCCAUUCCCAGUGCAUACAGGAGAAAAAAUUACGCUCAUGAUAUUGAAAGUGCCCGGCACAAGCACACUCAUGGCACCGUUCAUUGUGGGUGUUGAUGUGAUACCUAUAUAAGUAGCACAAACAAGACGCGGUGUAGAGACACUGGUCAUAAUUGGAUUUUCUGUUCAAAGCUGUUAUGCAUGCUGACACAGGUUAAGUAUGCAAUAAAACACUGACUGGCAACUCUCACAAAAAAGGAAACUUGCAAAUCAUGAAAUAUGUACUAAUUUAUGCAGCGUUUAGAAAAACUUGGUUACUUCCUAAACACAAUAAUCCCUAAAAUGUUCACUGCAGAACUGCACCCUUGCCCUGAUUACUAUUCAUGGGGGCAAUAUGGAUAUAUAAAAUAUGUGAUAUAUUAUUUAUAGUAUGAACAUAUUGCUUGAUGAAUUACUAUAGUAUAUUACCAUGAAUAUAUAGCCAUCAGCACACAUAUAAGUACUUGUAAUUUGUUAACGACUUUCGAUCAUUUCAUCAAUUCAGACAGGGAGGUGUGUGUGUUCAUUGGACAUUCUUGUAACUCGUUCACUGUGAAUAUACGUAAUAUCAACUUGUAAGAGUAAUAACAUAUUUUCCAAACAGAAUUCUAAGAAUUGUACAUAAACUCGACCCUGACGAAAAUACUUACCACUCCCUUACCAAUAAUGUACAUUUCUGUUGUGUAAAGGCAUGUGCAGUAGCACAGGUGAAAUAGAUUAUCUCUAGGAAAUCAUUGAUCGUACACUGUAAACUCAGUUUCUAGUUGCCAUAUUGGGCUAUUGAACACAUAUAACAUUGGAUAGCUCCACCGGUAAGGGCACUAGUUUGGUAUCUUGCCAGUUAUAGGUCAUAGCAGGACCUUGCUUAACAACCUGUAGAGUGUAUGUAAAAUCAUAUUGAUUCAGGACUGUUAGGGUUAAAGGAAGAUCAGGAUUUUGACACAUUGCAUGCAGUGUGCAAAAACUACGGGAAUCAUUCCUUCAAAUGGUAUUAACUGGUUAAUGAGUAGAUGUUCGGCCAUGUCCCAACAUCUUGGCUGCUGUUUAAAAUUACGCAUGAGCAUUAAUAGGUAAUGGCUGCAGCCAAUCUUUCCAUUGAGUUGUAAGUUCAGGUCUCAGCUAAGUAAUUUGGACAUGAUGGCCUUAGUAAAGAAUCUGCUAUGGUUAAAGUCUGUCUGCAGUCUGACAGUUGGUCCCAGGGACCAAUGUGACCCAAGCCAAUUAAACGAGUCACAAGUUAGCAGAGCCAACAUUGAGAUAAAGGCUUUGAAAAGAAUCUUACUCAUUGUAAAUCAGUAGGAACCUGCAACAUUUUUUCACCCACAUAAUGUUCAUUUCUAUCAGGAUACCAGACUGAGUGAUGUAUCAAUACACACUGCAGCACUUAGUUUGUUUUUCUAAUGCGAACUAAACUCUAAAAUGCUGAAAUAUGGCUUGGAGACUCACUUUGUGAAUCCUGCCACAUAUACCAACCUUUUAAUUUAGAUUUUGAGCUUUAACCUUUUGAGCAUUAGAUUUUAAUUUAAAUUGGGAGACUGAUCUCGUAGUCUAGAAACUGCACCGUAGUUGAGGACUACUGCAUGUAUGAUAGCUAGCAAUGUAACUUACCAGUUCAGUAUUCCAACAGUACAUGCCCAAAGUGAAUCGUGUCUGAGGUCACAUCUUAUGCAAGGUCUUCCCAUCAACAUCUUUGUUCCUGAACGACCUUGUUUUUUUUUGCAGUACCAAACUGGCUUGUUGGAAGAAACACACGUGUACUGUUUUUACUAGGACCCCAUAAAUACAUCAAUUAAUAUACAACCUUGAAAUUUGGUUCCAAUAUAACUUUGAAAAAUAUCUUUAGAGUGAUAUCUUUUGACUAUUGUUUGUUAUUGGCUUCAUGCUGUUAACUACUUGUGGACGAAUGUUUUGGCCAAAAAACACGUUUUGAAAAGAUAAACAACAGCCUGAUGUUAAUGAAUGCCA